AAUUUGUCAUAAAGAGGGGUUGAAACCCUCCCUUCAAAAUGGCGUCUGCGAGCUUCACAAAAAUCACUUUUCUUCGGUAACAAGUGGUUUAUAAUGUCAUCUUAACAUCAUUGAGAUGAACAACAGAGGAUUUCAGAGACCCCUGGGUCCACGCGGCAUGGUGCCCAAUGGGGUGCAGGCCUUGGGUGGACUAGGGCCUAGAACACCUCUUAUCCUGCAACAACAGGCAGGCAACAGGGCAUUGAAUCUGCCCUCUGGAGGUCUGCAGAACAUGGUCCAUCAAUUGCAGCUGGGGCUACAGCGGGUGCCACUGGCUGCCGGAAGCCCUGGUGUAAGGAUGCAAAAUACAGGGUUAAAUGCCAGCAUUAGUGCUGCUGUCCAGAUGCAAGCUCAGAUGGUGUCUGCUGCAAACCAAGUUGCUAUGGCACAACAGCUGCAGCAGAAUCUUCUGGGAACAGGUGGGGCAGCCAGAUUUCAUGGUCAGUUUCAGCAGCAGCAACAGCAGCUGUUUCAGCACCAGCAGCUGCAACAGCAAAAGUUGCAGCUGGAGCAGCAAAGAUUGCAGCAAAGCCAACUUCAGCAACAGUUUAAGCAACAACAGCAACAUUUUCAAAGAAGCUUAGGCGCUAGAAGUUUCAUGUUAAACAAUGGCAGGUUUCCUCUAGUUCUUAACAACAGUGCUAGAUUCUCGCAACCUGCUCAGUCUGUCAGACACCCACAGUUAGCAACACUGCAGGCACAAAAUGCAGGUGUGGCUUCACAGAGCUUCAGACAACAGCAUCGCUUCUCAAAGAAAGUAAACAGCACAGAAGAAACCCAGCGAUGGUCAAGUCAAAAAAGAGAUUCACCCAGUAUAGAUCGAGAGAUUAAGAGGGAGGAGGAUUUGACUGAAAAUUCAGUCAGUGACAAAAGCAAUAGUAUGUUUAGCCACAGUGUAAAGAAACCAUGGAAAAGUAAUACCAAAUCAGAUCUUGCCUACAAAAAUAAACCUAAUAACUGCACAGAGAAUGAUUAUGAUAACUCCCUAAGAAAUUCUGUGUCAGAUGUAAAUUCUGACCCGAGAAAGAAGAACGAAUCAGAAAAAGAAAGGACUGAAAGUGGCUCGGGACAUAAAUCAGUGUUAUCCACAGACCCAAAGGGAGAUGAUACAGAAGGUCAGGGUUUGCACAAGUCAAGUCGGAUGAACAAUCAUUCAAGUUCCAGAAGUAUAGAUCGGACAUACAGCCCUUUGUCUUAUAACAAGAACUGGAGAGAGAGAUAUAAAGACAGCCCCAAAGCUGACAAAGAGAAAUACAGCCCCUUAGGGGAUGGCAUUUUAGAUGACUUGAAUAUAAAGCGAGAAAAAUUCACUCCAGAGCCUCGGUCACUGUCAGCCUCACCUUACAAAAGGGAUGUAAAGAAAGAUAACCAAGAGUUUGUCCGGGAGAAAGGAGAGAGCAGGAGACGACGAGAGGAGUUUUAUGAGAGCAGAAACAAUGACUAUGAUUAUAAACAAGGAAGACGAACAGAGGAUGAUGACUUCUUUGAGCAUGAGAGGAUAAGGAGAAGUCGCAAAAGGAGACACUCUCCAGACAGAGAGAGCAGCAGGGACCGCAGACCAGAAAAACAGACAUAUAUGGAGCGAAGAGAUACAAAACGGAGUUCUUUGGACAGACCAGAACCUCUAGAAGCCAUUUCCUUUAAGGAUUCUGAGCCGGUGUCUUCAGAACCUGUGGUUGACGAGGACAUCACACCUUGCUGGAUUCGCAGCUCACCUGCUGACUUGUAUUUUGCUCGCAGUUCAGAGGGCUGUCUAACUGCCACACAGAAAAUGAAAGAACUGGAAGACCUUUUUGAAGAGGAAAUUGUAAAACGUGCUGAAACAGUUCGCAGUUCCCAGCCUGUAGUAGAGCUGCCACCUCGCCCUCAACCAGUGUGUCACCACCACCACCACCAUCACCAUGGAGACAAAUCAGACACCAGCAGCAGCAGCAGUAGCUCAGACUCAGACUCGGACUCAGACUCAGAGGAUGAAGAGUCAGUUUGUACGCGAUGGAUGGAAGAGAUGGAGAGAAAGAAGAAACAUCCUCACUGUCUGCACCCAGAACUGUGGUAUAAUGAUCCAGGAGAGAUGAACAAUGGUCCACUUUGUCGAUGCAGCAUUAAGGCCAGAAGAACGGGUAUACGACAUGAUAUAUAUCCUGGAGAAAUGUAUGUAGAACCAUGUGAACCCUCUAGCAACAACAUGAAACAGCUGUUUCACUAUCGCAUCACCAUGUCACCUUCCACCAACUUUUUGACAAACAGUCCUACUGUGAUAGAAUUCGACAACCAUGAGUUUAUUUUUGAGGGAUUUUCUCUCUUUACUCAUGAGAAGUUAGAAAAUGUCCCACUGUGUAAGGUGAUAAGAUUCCACAUUGAGUACACCAUUCACUUCUUUGAGGAGCAAGCUCCUGAGAACUUCACCAUUCGAAGUUUGGACCUCCUGAAUAGGUUUUUAUUUGUGGAAAUCCUGGAACUGGUUGAUAUGGACUGGAAGGGAUUUGGAAGUGGUUGUAACCGGUUCCAUCUAAUGCCACGCUUUGCGAGAUCACUGCCAGAAAAUGGAAAAGAAAUCCUCUCGAUAAAUGAAGUAUUGAAAUAUCUGUUGAGAAGUUCACGGCCCUUAGUAGCAGAGAGUGAUCUUCCUUUGAUAGCAAAGAUGACAAAGGAAGAGUGGCAGUCUUGGGUAGAUGUGGUGUGUGGCAUGAUCAUCACUUACCCUAGCAAGAAACCUAGCUCUGUGCGUGUGGACCAGCUGGACCGAACCAAGCUGUUAGAAGGAGAACAAGUGCCUCCCCUUGUUGUUCAUUUUGGAAUUCGUCCAGCCCAGCUUAGCUAUGCCGGUGAUCCAGCAUACCAGAAGGCAUGGAAGCAAUACGUAAAAUUCAAACACCUCCUCAACUCAAAACCCAAGGUCAGCCGUGAAGACAAGGUCAAGCUUAAGAACAAGGAAGCCCAUCUGCAAGAGAUUCAGAUGAAAAGUACAAUGAAAAGGGAGGUUACAGUUGAGCUACCCAGUGAAGGAUUCAUCCGCACCGGCUUAAAGUCUGAUAUUUGUCAACAUGCACUGCUUUUGCCUGUGCUUCUUAGCCAUCUGCGACUACAUGCCUGUUUAAGAGUCUUGGAGGAUAACUUGCAAUACAAGUUUAAAGACAGAGCAUUGUUGCAGCUUUCCUUAACGCACACCUCUUUUCGCACAAAUUAUGGCACCAAUCCUGCCCACGCACGCAAUUCCUUGACAAACUGUGGCCUACGACAGGUGGAAUAUGGUGAUCGUCGUGUGUAUUACCAAAACACAAGAAAAAGAGGCAUCAACAUUCUGGUGGACAUCAUGUCUCGCAUGGGAAAGAAAGAGGAGACCAUGUCUGACAUACCUCACAAUGAACGGCUUGAGUUUCUUGGUGAUGCUGUUGUAGAGUUUCUUUCCAGCGUCCACCUUUUCUACAUGUUUCCCUGGCUUGAAGAGGGAGGGUUGUCAACUUACAGAACAGCCAUUGUGCAAAAUCAGCAUCUAGCCGUGUUAGCAAAGCACCUCCACCUUCAGGACUUCAUGCUCUAUGUUCAUGGCCCUGACCUGUGCCAUGAGUCAGACCUCCGACAUGCCAUGGCCAACUGUUUUGAGGCUCUAAUGGGUGCCUUGUUCGUUGAUGGAGGAGUUGAAGUUGUGGACAAGAUAUUUGCACAGACACUGUUUGGAGAUGAUGGUGUGUGUCUCAAGACAUGGAUGGAGCUGCCACUCCACCCUCUCCAGGAAGAUGAGCCAGGUGGAGAUCGACACUGGAUAGAGUCCAGCCCUGCUCUCCAGAAAUUGGUGGGGUUUGAAGAUGCCAUUGGUGUGAUAUUUGCACACAUUCGUCUGCUGGCCAAGGCUUUCACUCACAGAAAUGUUGGCUACAAUUUACUUACAAUGGGACACAAUCAAAGGUUGGAGUUCCUGGGGGACACAGUACUGCAGUUGAUUGCCUCUGAGUACUUAUAUCACCAUUUUCCUGAACACCAUGAAGGGCACCUCUCUCUGUUAAGAAGUUCCCUCGUCAACAGCCGCACCCAGAGCAUUGUGUGUGAUGACCUUGGGAUGACAGACUAUGUCAUCUACAGUAAUACUGGAAGUGAUAAGAUUGACAUGAAGACCAAACAGAAAGCUGACCUUUUGGAAUCAUUUCUAGGGGCCCUCUAUGUUGACAGUGGUAUGGACUACUGUAAAACAUUUUGCAAUGUCUGCUUCUUCCCUCGGCUUGAGGACUUCAUUUUGAAUCAAGACUGGAAUGACCCCAAGUCUCAGCUACAACAGUGCUGUCUAACCUUGCGGAAGAUGGGUGGGGGCGAGCCUGACAUUCCUGUGUAUAAGGUAAUUGAAUCACUGGGACCAUCCAAUACAAGGAAAUAUGUGGUUGCUGUAUACUUUCGAGGGGAGAGACUGGCUACUGGCACAGGACACAGCAUACAGCAAGCAGAAAUGUCUGCUGCAAACAACGCCUUAGAGAUACGAUCAGAAUUGUUCCCUAUACUACAGCAUCAGAAACGAUUUCUUGAUCGGCGACUCAGUUUGAGUGAUCGCUCGCAUCGAUCCCGCUCCUACAAGUCCAAGACCCGUAACUCCUGUCAGCCUUCUCCCUCCUCUACAGAACCUGGAUCAGAGCGAGGCAGAAGGGGAGCCAUGGACUGAGGUGUUGUUGCUCAAUUUUUUUAUUGUGAAUAAUGUUGAAAUUCCCUCAGGAAUCCUGUUACAUGCCAGCGUGGGCAGAAUGUGCCACAGCUUUUGACUGAGAUAUUCUCGUACUGAAAUUGUCUCAUACUGUUGUUUCAAAUGGGCACUGUACAUGAUGAGUAUAGUCUUCAGCCACUAACGGUUUAAUAUAUGCAUAUUUUGGGGUACAUCCAUCCACCUUCUGUGGCCUGCAGUUAUGAAUGUAUUCUUAUUCUUUUUUUAAUGUCUUGGGCAAAGUGCUCCUUCUCUCCAGCAGGCAUAUCAAAUUUUUUUAUUGAUUCACUAUCAAUGUAACAAUUUUUAUGAACAUGACUGUCAUGAAGAUGCUGCUUUAUUCAGCUCUUUGCUUCUAGUCUGUCCCAUGUAUGCGUCUCAUUUUGUUAUCUUUCCUGCCUUCGCUGGCCUGCUGCAUCGCCAUAUCAUGAGAAGACAGCCAUGAAAACAGCUGUUCAGGCAAAACUGUGAUUCAAAAUAUAUUUAGAUUUUUUAAAUUUUCUAUUUAACUUUUAUUCUUUUGUAGUUUUUACUGCUACAUUUAAUUGGGGCAGUCAAAUGCUGGCAGGAUCAAGACCUUUGAAGAUAACUCCUAAAUAAAAUGUUAGGAAAAGAAUGAUAAAAGUAGUUGUAAGAAGUAGAUUUUUAGUUAUUUUAACAAAUAUUUAAUGUGUCUUCACUGCUUUGUGUGCUGUUGCUGCCCUAUGCUCCUCAGAGGAGCAAUAAGGAAUAAACUAAACUAAACUCACUACUUUGUAAACAUUGAAUUUCUUGGGAAGUAAAAGCAACCCGAAAAGAAAACACCAGUCAGAAUGAUGCAAUCUUGAAACAGAAUCUUGAUCAUAUAUGAUAAUCUUCAACAAAGAUAUUUGCAAGCUGCCAGAUUUUCAUUAAAAAUAAAGUCACUUGAAGCUGCAUUUUGAAAAUGAAUUCAGCAUGAUUAUACAUACUUGGAUUUUUGAAUGCAGUAAGACUGAAUAUCUAAUGCAGUGACUACUCAGGGAUGAAAUCCCCAGCAUGAUGUUAAGUUGAUGUGGACCAAGCAUUUAGAGUUGCAUGGUUUUGCUAAAUUAAACUGCAGCAGUGUUUCAAUUUACAACAAAAAAAAAGUUUCUAAGUAUCUCUUUUCAUUCCAAAUUUUUUUCAUGCAUAUACCUGCGUGUGCAUGUGUAUCUCUAUGUGUACACAUCAGCAUGAGAAUAAAGGGCAUAAUAAGUGUAAAAAUAUCAUCAAAACCACAGAUCUGUGGAUUAUUUAGUCAUGCACUUCUUCACAGUGGGGCCAUGAUUUUUAAGAACUUUCCACAGUUUUAUCUUAGCCAUUGAAUCUAGAUAUUUCUUUCGCAUUCAUAUAAGAAUCUCAAAUGUUGGUCUACUUUCAAAGUGACUUCCUCCAACUAGGCACAAGUGCUGUUUUAGAAUUAGUUUCAUUUUCUUCCUAGGGACACCCCUACAAUAAGGUUAAAUAUGCUUGAUCUUAAGAGGCUUGAAUUAGGCUCCUGCGGUGUGUAGCUUUGCCUGUGAAGGUGACUGCCUCGGCCCUGGCCUAUGGUAGUAUGGAUUUGACCAUGGAAACAUGGUAAGAUUCCAUCUGAUAUUGUCAGUUAUGACAAGAGGUCCAAUGUUAUUGCCUCAUACAUGGCACUGGUUGUGCAAUAUCGGCUACCUCCAGAGGUUCAGUAUCAAAUUAAACAUUUUAUCUUUUGACUCCUGUGAAACCAUUUGAACUGUCCAGUGGCACCAGUGCACGGAUGAUCAACUGUCCUAGGUUCAGGUCUUAUUUCAUGUAGCCUUUAUUGCUAGCUCUGUCUACAACACCACCUCUCACCUGUCUGGUAAACCAUCUCCUGUAGUUAUCUCCUCCAUCUGCAUUUUUUAAAUUUUCUGUUCUGCAUUUUUUAAAUUUUCUGUUCUGCAUUUUUUAAAUUUUCUGUUCCUAGCCUGUUUUUUCCCUAAUCAGCAUCCCCAGUCUCACAAUUUUUCUUUCCUCUUGAACAAUGCUAUUCCUUGUAAAACAUUUGUAACUAUCCAGUUUUGACCAUUCCAUGAUACUGCCAGUGGUUUUGAGAUUAUUCAUAACUGGAAUGCGCAGAACAAACAUUCUUGGAUGAUCUUUCUGUGAUGCUGAGCACUCAGGUUGAAACACCCAGUUACAGCACUAACAACAGUGUCCAAACUGAAGAUGGAAAUUCUAAUGACUAGUAUGUAUCCAGUUAGCAGUUAAGCAUCUCAACAGUUAAAGAGGGUAUAAUGCAUUUAUCAGUGACCGCCAAAGAUGUUUUGACCUCCAUAGACAAAAGGUCAUUCCCUUACAUUUGUACAUAUGCAAUCACCAAAAACAAUCGUUAAAAUCAUCACGCACAAAAAAAAAAAACAAAUAGAUGCAUGUCAUGCAGAAUUGCUAGUCUUCAUGUACUCAGGUUCAGAAGAUCAAGAAGUGUGAAAGUCACAUGCGUAAGUGUGUGUCAAAGUCACAUGCAUAAGUGAAACAUUAGUAUUGCAAUCAAGAAAGUCAGUAACUUAAUAAUAAAGUAUCAGUGAUACAUGUUUUAAAUGAUGUGUCUUCAAAACAACAGACUGUGAAGAGAAAAGAUAUAAAUAGCAUAAUACAUUUUCAGAAAGUCUGUUCCUUGCCAGCAUAUCACAAUCAUAGAUCCCUUAAAAUAAUAUUACCAUUUCCCAACAUGCCAGCUCCCUUACUAUAUAAACUGAUAUGCAUGAAUACACUUGUUAAUACAUUGACAACAAAGGGAAAUUAUAAAUUUUUGAGUGAAGCUGAUUGAGAAUGAAUUACAUUUCUUACAAUUGUAUAAACAUCAUGAACUGAACUGUGAGUGAGAUAAAGUGAAGGGAGAUGUAAUGCUGUGAGAAAGUCUUUGUGUAUGCUACUGAUCUCUUGAUUUGAAAAAAUCAUGCAAAGAUUGUAUAAGCAAUGCAUAAUUUUUUAUGUGUGUCAAACUGCAGAGAUGCUACAAAUACAAAAAAAUUAAAUGAUGGCAGUUGAUUUGAAAUUCUAAUUUGAAAAAAUCAUGCACAAAUUGCUCGUGCAGGUUGUUGUCUCCAGUUGUUGUCAAAUCUCAUAGCACAGGAGACAAUAAUAGCAGUUGAUUGGAUAAUUUGAUGUUUAUUGCAUUUUAAUUUUUACUGCAGUUGUGAUAAUGAAAAUGGCAGAAUCAAUGACAGUUGACUGAAAGAAAAAGCUAUCGAAACAUGGUGCCCACAGAUGUUUACUGUUUUUAUGGAAUAACAAUACCUAGCUAUUGGUGUGGAGAGGAUGCAAGAGACAUUGAUGGGUGACCAAUGUUGCAAUGAUUGAUUAAAAAAGCUAUUGAUGGCAUAAAACUAUCAGAAUUGUGAUCAUAAUUUAGAAGACAAUUUAACUGCCUUGCUGUAAAAUCUUGUAACCUUUUGCGCUUCUUUGAAUGUAAACAGUAGCAGAAGAAAUGGUGGGGAGAUUAUUUGUUUUGUAAAAACAGUUGAAAUAGAAAAUUCUCGAACUAUAUUUAAUCCUGCAUUCAGUGUUUUCAUGUCUCCUCAGGUAAGCAUUGGAAAGAUCAUUGCUGCAUUCUUUGUUUCUCAAUAUAUGUUUGCACAAUUUUGAAUAUGACAUGCUUUGUUACGUUUCCAAUCCUCCUGUCUGAGAAGAUUGCUAGAACAUAGUGGUCCAAAUAUUUCAUCCAUUCCUGCAUCUGUAUUUGUUUGCCCUAUGCACCAUUUCCAGCAGAGUUUUGUUUUCUUAAAAGCUUUCAAAUGCAGAUGGAUGUUGGGCACCACCCAGAUCUGCUUCUUUCUCAAGAUCUGCCUGCUUUGAUCCCUCUGAUACCUGAGAUACCCUGUUUUUAUCUCCAUGUCUGUACACAUAAAAAAUAAAUCAACAGAGACUAUGUAAGGUUAGCUCGUUUUUACCAUUCAUACAUUUGAUGACAGGUUUGGCUUAGACCUAAACUGUAGAUGUGCAAGUCAUCAUAAAGGUCAAGAUCUUUUGACAAUAUUUCUACAAAUUUUAGGAAGUUUUACAAUCUGAAUUUUUUUGGUUCCAACAGUAAAGAUUAUAAAGCAAAACUUUAGCUAGAUUGUUAAAAGGCUGACACGGGGAACUAUAUCACUAGCCUUCAUCUACUUGCAUUGCUUCAUGUUGCUGCGUGAUUCCAACCGCAACUUUUUUCUGCUUUACUAACUGCACGUGUCUGUGAUGGUCUUCAUUGUGACCUCCAAUUCCUGGUUUAGCCAUUGUCAUUGUGGGCUUAUUGUUUAAGUGUGGGUAUUGAAACAGUCUUUAAUUGUAGACAGUGGUUGUGGCAAAACAGUUGUAACAAAAACUUCAUUGAGCAAUUCCCCAUUUUUCAUCCCUUAUUAUUAUUAUUAUGAAUUUUAUCAAUUGUGGCUAUGCUUGUAGUUUUCAUUAUCUAAAGUAUUCAAGAUAUUCAUGCUUUACGUCUUUGAUCAUGAUCAGUCCAAAUUGUGGUGUGUGUAUGUGCGUGUGCGUGUGUAACAACACAUUGACCACAGACAUUUCCAGACUUUUUUUCCAGUGUGUGGAGCGGAUGCAAAAUCUCUUGAUGGGAUCAUUCUCUUGCUGCCUAUGGCAGCGAUGCCAGUAGCAGUUUGGAAGGAAAUUUGAAUCUGUCUGUAAGCUUAAAGAGAAUGUUUAUGUAUGUUGACAUGAUUGAAUCUGUAAGCCUUAGGAGAAUGUUUAUAUGUGUGAAUCUGUAAGUUUUAGGAGAAUGUUUGUGUGUGUUGACAUGAUUGAAUCUGUAAGCUUUAAGAGAAUGUUUGUUUGUUGGCAUGAUUGACUGGAUGACAAAGGUGAGAGGAGGCAAAUUUAAAGACAGUAUGUUGUUUGAUUCAGUAAAAUAUGAAUGUCACCACUAUGAAUUUGUGAUCUGUGUGUGUCCAUGACUUUUUAUGUGGUUUGACAGUACCUGUUCAUGAUAUAAGAGCUUUAGCGUGUAAUUUAACUAUGCCCGUGUGUGUGUGCACCUUUCAAUGAAAUCAUGAUUUUCUCUGUUCACACCUGUCCAUGUUGUUAUAUGUGUAGUGUGCUGGUUGGGAUUGUAAUAUGGCUUGUGAAUCAGACACAAAUAAAUGUAUGCUACAUA